AUGUCGCGUCGUCAGUUUACGGUGGACGAAAAAAUCGGAAUAAUCGGGCGGUUAGAAAAUGGCGAGAAAAACAGCGUGAUCGCAAAAGAAUUUUGCACCUCUUCGUCGACAAUUUCAACAAUAUGGAAGAAUCGAGAUACRUUGAAAAAUAUGUUCCAAACCACGUCACUUAACGCUAAACGACUGCGAACUGCACAACAUAAGGACCUUGAAGAAGCUGUACUAGCAUGGUUCAAACAACAGCGAUUAUUGAAUGUGCCUAUAAGUGAUCUUAUUUUGCAAUCAAAAACUGACCAACUGGCUGAAAUGAAAACAGAAAAUUUCAAAUGCUCUGCAUCUUGGAUUCAGCGUUUCCGACAGCGGCACAACAUUGGUUUCGGCAAGAUCUCAGGUGAGUCAUCUGCAGUUAAUACUGAUAUCUGCUCUAAUUGGCUGGCUAACGUUUGGCCAUCCCUUCGAGCAGGUUAUUGUGAUGAUGAAAUUUAUAAUGCCGAUGAAGCAGGCCUUUUUUUCAAAUUAACUCCCGAUAAAACUCUUCACUUCAAGGGGGAAAAAUGCUCGGGUGGAAAAUUAUCCAAAGACAGAAUAACAGUUUUAGUGGCAGCCAACAUGACCGGAAAUGAUAARAGAAAACUCCUUGUUAUUGGAAAGUCGAAAAGCCCUCGGUAUUUUAAAGGAGUUUCAUCACUUCCGGUAUUUUACGAAAAUAACACCAAAGCGUGGAUGACCUCAGCAAUUUUUGAAAAAACUCUUAAUUAUUGGGAUGAUGAGUUACGCCGUAGGAAAACAAAAAUUCUACUGUUGGUAGACAACUGA